AUGAGUUCUUCAAGUUCGUCGAUGCGAGAAACCCGAGUUCUUUGUCUUUGCGGUAAGUAUGCUCGAAUGACAACUUCAUGGACGUCAGCCAAUCCCGGAAGGAGGUACCUGCAUUGCGAGGAGAAAGCUUGCACAUUUUGGAAGUGGUUUGACCCUCCGAUGUGUGCAAGAUCAAAGGAGAUAAUACCUGGUUUGUUGACUAAAAUAAAUCGCCUAGAAGAUGAAACCAACCGGCAGCAUGAGAGUGCAACUACUCUUGAAGCAAAUGAGAAAAAAAUGAAGAAGGUGAAGAAGCUGGAAAAAGAAAAUAGUCAACUCAAGAAGAAGAACAACAUUUUAGUGCUACUAGUUGUAAUCACAUGGUUGGUGUUGAUGUUUAAAAAAUGA